AACAAAGGCACAUUGCACUCGGGCUCCAGUCUUCCCGUGCAGUCGAAGGAGUAAGGUGCGCAAAGACAUUGGCUCUACAUGCAGACGGAAUUUCUAUCAACAGGAACAGCUACAUGGAUACAUAAUUUGCAACUCUUUUAUAAGCGAUUUGAGAAAAUCAAACGAACGGAGAGACACGCUCUGACAUCUGCCCCUGUUACUGACUUCAGAGAUUGUUCCACGAGAGAUAAAAGUAGCAGGUGUGCGGAGCCAUGCCCUGCGUCCAGGCUCAGUAUGGGACAUCACCUCCAGGAGCCAGCCCUGCAUCUCAGAGUUACAGCUACAGCACCACUGGAGAGUACAACUGCGACUUCCUAACACCGGAGUUUGUCAAGUUUAGCAUGGACCUGACUAAUGCAGAAAUAGCUGUCACUUCUUCGCUCCCCAGUUUCAGCACCUUUGUGGACACUUACAGUUCCAGCUACGACGUAAAGCCCCCCUGUCUCUACCAAAUGUCCCACUCUGGGGAUCAGCUGUCCAUCAAGGUGGAGGAGAUACCCGCACACAGCUACCAUCAGCAGCAGCAGCAUCAUCAGCCCCACCAGGCUGAGGAGAGCCAACCCCAUACCGGACCCAUAUACUAUAAACCAUCCUCAUCAAACAUCUCUCAAUCACCCAAUUUCCCGGCGCCUCCACACCACACGUGGGAAGACAGUGGACCCCUUCACAGUUUUCAUCAGAACUACCUGGCUACUUCACACAUGAUAGACCAGCAGCGUAAAAACGCAAUGUCUAGGUUGUUCUCGUUCAAGCAGUCUCCCGUGGACACGCCGAUGUCAAGCUGUCAGAUGCGCUUUGAUGGAUCUCUGCACGUGUCCAUGGGCCCGGACACCCCGGGUGCGCAUCGUGCGCUGGACAAUUUUGCUUUACCGGGACCCCCAAGGAGACAGCACGCUGUGGGUUUAUCCCAUUCGCUUAACAUCGGACACCCUUUACUGGAAAGCCCGGUGUGCUCACCCCCGGCUAGAGGAUCUCCAUCCAGUGAGGGUCUGUGUGCUGUGUGCGGGGACAACGCAGCUUGCCAGCACUAUGGGGUGCGCACUUGCGAGGGGUGCAAAGGAUUCUUCAAGCGCACGGUGCAGAAAAACGCCAAAUAUGUUUGCCUGGCAAACAAAAACUGUCCCGUGGAUAAAAGACGGCGAAAUCGAUGCCAGUAUUGCCGAUUUCAAAAGUGCCUGGUCGUAGGGAUGGUAAAGGAAGUUGUGAGAACAGCCAGUUUAAAAGGACGAAGAGGUCGCCUCCCCUCCAAACCUAAAAGCCCUCAGGACAUCCCAGUCUCUGUGACACACGUCAGCCUCCUGAACACCCUGGUGAGAGCGCACAUAGACUCCAACCCUUCUAUGGCCAGACUGGACUACUCUAAAUUUCAGGCGAGUCCAGAGUAUCAUCGUGGAGGAGAUGAGUCUCUGCACAUCCAGCAGUUCUACGAUCUCCUCACUGCUUCAAUGAGCAUCAUUCGCGGAUGGGCCGAAAAAAUCCCCGGAUUUACUGACCUGCCCAAAUGCGACCAAGAACUGCUUUUCGAGUCAGCCUUCCUUGAACUUUUUGUGCUGCGUCUGGCUUACAGAUCUAACGUGACAGAGGACAAACUAAUUUUUUGCAAUGGAGUGGUUUUACACAAACUGCAGUGCGUGCGAGGCUUUGGGGAGUGGAUCGACUCUAUCGUCGAGUUUUCUUCCAACCUUCAGAACAUGAGUUUAGACGUCUCUGCCUUCUCCUGCAUAGCUGCUCUCACCAUAGUUACAGAGAGACACGGACUAAGAGAGCCCAAGAAAACAGAGGACCUUCAAAACAAGCUCAUAAACUGUCUGAAGGAUCAGGUGUCCUGCAGUGGAGAGUUGUCUAAACUGCUGGAGAAGCUGCCAGAGGUGCGCGCGCUGUGCACGCAGGGACUGCAGCGCAUCUUUUACUUGAAGCUGGAGGAUUUGGUUCCCACGCCUGCGAUCAUUGACAAACUCUUUCACGACAGCUUACCGUUCUGAACAAUCGAGCAGACUCAUACAACCGUCACGAUUUCUCCAUGUGGCGGACUUGAACUGAUAUUGCCGGAUGGUAUUUGUAUUUUAUUUUUUAAGCUUGAAGCACGGCUGCCUGCAGAGGACAAAAGCGAACAGCCAUGUUCGAGACCACUGCGGAGGAAAUAAUAUCAGUAGAAUAUUCAAAACAUUGAGAAUGAAAAUACUGUGGAGAGAAAAUGACUAUCCUGUGCCUGUUUAAAGUGUAUUCAGUCAAAUACUGAGAAAAACGCGGUGUGGUGGAAAUGUAUUUGUAUUGUUACGCGUCAUAUUGUUUGUUACCUGCAAAACAUUUAUAUACAACUUCUCAUGUGUCAUGCAAGAUAUAGCCUAAUGAUUUAAGGGAUCAAAAUCAUUUUGACAAGUUACUUUAACCACUAGCCAAUUAAAUCAUUUUGCAUUAAGUAGGCUAGAGAGAUUAUGAAGGAGUGAACAGAAGGAUUUUUAAAUCUUUAUUGCUACAUUUUAGAUUUCAAAAUGGAUAAAAGCAUAUAGAGCACGUUUUUGUGUUUAUUGUAUCAUUAGUGAAUUUUAUUGUUAUGACUCGCUUUUUUUUACAGUUCUGAAAGUAUGCAUGUAAUUCGAUUUGAGCUAUUAACAUUCUCCAGCACUUUGUAUUAAUUUCAUAUUGAAAUAAUGUCCGAGGUUUACGAGCAACUGGUGUAAAAUUCUUAACAUUAUCCUUAUAUAUUUCAGAUCACUGUUUUCUAUGAUAUUAUGGUUUUUGCACUGCAUUCUAUGUUAAGCUUCUCUCAUAGUGUAAUGCUGAAUAAAAAAAACUAUUAU